UUGUGUCACCAGGAUUGUUCUGCGUCCAGUCUGACCCCCUGUCACCUCCCUAGAUUGCGUGUCUGGGUCCGUGCGUACGUGUGAGGGUCCUGGAACGUGGGGGUCGCAGUUGUCUAAGUCAGGGGCGUCCGAGAAAGAGGAAGAGAAGGGGAAGGGAGCAUCCAUCCCAGUCGCUUAGCGCUGGACAUGCACAUCAGCCCUUUUGCAAGAGAUCUGGGUCUGACAUAGCCUCAGCCAAUCGCAGCCUGCAUUUGAGGCAGCGGAGUGUGUAGGACAUGAUGGCGGCCAUGCCGUUCGUCAGUGAGGGCAAGUGUGUGAGUGUGGAGUGGGACUUCCUGCAAGGACUCCUCGCCAAGCCGCCUACCCUACCCUGUUUACAAAAUUUGAGGAAGGAGAAGUCCCGAAAUGCAGCACGUUCUCGGCGUGGUAAAGAGAACUUUGAGUUUUUUGAGCUGGCCAAAAUGCUUCCUCUGCCUGGCGCCAUCACCAGCCAGCUGGACAAAGCUUCCGUCAUCCGCCUGACCAUCAGCUGCCUACACAUGAGACACUUUGCCAGCCAGGGAGACCCACCAUGGAGCCCCCUACUAGAGGGGAACAGUAACUGCCACAAAGUGAGGAGAAGCAGUCACUCAUUGGCAACUGAUAUAUUUGAGCAACAUCUGGGAGCUCAUCUUCUACAGUCUCUGGAUGGGUUUGUUUUUGUUGUCAGUCAAGAAGGCCGCUUUCUCUACAUCUCUGAGACGGUGUCGAUCUACCUGGGCCUCUCACAGGUGGAGUUGACAGGCAGUAGUGUGUUUGACUACAUCCAUCCUGCAGACCACGUGGAGAUGGCGGAGCGACUGGGAAUUAAACCACACCUUCGUUCUGAAAUGGGCUGUCAGACUGCACAAGAGAGUGUCUCAAGCUCUGCCUCCACCUCUUCGCUGGCUGGGACACCUGAACCAGCCCCUUCCAGCCCUCUAUCAUCUGGGGAUGAACUAGCUGAGCGAGGUUUCUUUGUCCGUAUGAAAUCCACCCUUACUAAGCGUGGCCUCCAUGUCAAAUCCUCUGGGUAUAAGGUGAUCCAUGUAACUGGCCGGAUUCGCUGUCGGCUAGCCCUCAUGCCAGGCUCCUCUCGUUCACUCCAUCGGCCAAUGGGAUUGCUUGCUCUUGCUCACACACUCCCACCCUCCACUCUUAAUGAGGUGCGCAUGGAGAGCCACAUGUUUGUGUUUCGGGUUAACAUGGACCUUCAGAUUACCUACUGUGAGAACAGGAUUUCAGAAUAUAUGGACCUGAGCCCAGCUGAGGUGGUGGGACACACUUGCUACUACUUCAUUCAUGUGGAAGACUUGGACACUAUCCGACAGAGCCAUGAAGACUUGUUGAGAAAGGGGCAGGUGGUGACUGGGUAUUACCGCUGGCUGCAGAAGAGAGGCGGAUAUCUUUGGGUUCAAUCCUGUGCCACUGUGUCCAUUAAUCACAAAGCACCCCACGAACGCAACGUCAUCUGGGUCAACUACAUCCUCAGUCUGACAGAAAUGCCAGAUAUUUCACUGGAUUUACUGCAACUCCCAGAAACCCUCAAAGCUGAGCGUCUUCGCACAAAUUCCACCACCCAUGACAUCUCUCCAAAAGCACAAGUUUCCAGUGGUGUCCAGCCAGUGAAGGCCAGGGGUAGCCGAACUGAACCUGAGCGCAAAGGCAGAGAAACAUGCACUCACCCAACCGUAAACCAAUCAGACAACAAGAGGAAGAGGUCUUACCUGUCAAGCUCUGAAAACACAACAGAAACAAGACAGCAACUGGAGGUGUUCCGGCAAAGAGAGAACAGUUUGUCAGGCUCCUCGGACUCAGCCAGUGAGAGCGACGAGGAAGAGGAGGAGAAGGAAGAGGAGUGGGAGCACAACAGCAAGAAGCGAAAGAGUGAAGACGGAGCCAUAAAACAGGUGGGUGAUGCAGGAAAAGUCCAUAAUGGCCGUGCUGUAAUCCAGCAACUUAAGACUGUGGUUACUAGCACUGCCAGGUCAAACAUUAAAAUUGAGCAGGAGAUACUAGGAGGGGUGUGUCCUCCCAACGGGAACCGAUGGAGCAACACUAAUGCCACGAGUGGAGGCGUCAAUGGUGGUAGCUCUCCUUCCCAAGAUCCUGAAUCAGUCACUACAGUUAUUCCAACUAAAGCUCUUUUUAGCCCAUCUUCACCUAUCUCAGCUUCACCACUGUCCAGGGAAGAACGCUCUAUUCACAGCAGACGAGGUCCGGAUUAUGAGCUCCUUCAAAGACUAGCCGCAGGUGGAGCAGCUGGGAGAGUUCUGUUCCACCCGCUUGCCCUUGGCCCACCUGGACCUCAGAGUCUAUAUGCCCCAAGCACCAUCCGUUAUGCUCCUCCAGAGCUUCCCACUGCCCAUGCUGAGACGCAGCGCCUGGACCACACAUCCAAAUCUGCUGCCUUCUUCCCACACCUACAGAGGCUUGCUGCUCUGCCACCCUUCAGUGGCUUCUCUCCUUCAGAUCCAACCUUCCCUCCAUCCCUGCCUUUCUGCAUGAAUGGACUGAGAGGAGCUGCAGGGACAGAGGAGGACUGAAAUAUGGGUAAAUGUUUACUUAGGGUGGUGUUCAUAAAGCUACAUGACAACUACAUAAGACUUUCAUGACAACUAACAUGAACCUUCAAAAUCCUUUUAAUUUUUUGCUGCUUCAUUCUGAUUAGGGUUGCACUGGAUCUGGAGCCACCAAGAACCAUUAGGCACAAAAAUGGGGCGAUUUAUUUUUUGGCAGUGAGAGAAAAAAACAAGCUCUCCAGUGCAAACAAGCUCUUGGUGCUGUACGACACGGUAUUAUCCUUUACAUUUACAUCUUCAGCACGUAUAGUGUAAGAAUUUAAAUUGUGUGACUAAAUUUAGGGUUACAAAACUACUGUAGCUAAAGAGCUGUCCUGAACAGGGGUUUAAUGUAGCCCUGUUAUUAAGUAUUUUAUUUAAAACUCAUAAAUAUUACAUUAAACAAUAAAACUAUAUUUGCAA